AAUUUCUAUUUCUAUUUAUUAUUCCUCUAUUGCUCUUCUAUUCUUCACAAUUUUUUUUUCAUUAUUCUCACUCUUCUUUGUUUUGAUAAGUUGAUUAAUUAAGUUCUAUAAAAAAAAAGAUAAAGAAGAUGAUGCAUAUGACAUUGUAUUGGGGCAAGAAGGUAACACUUCUCUUCGAUUCAUGGAAGACCGAGUCAUGGCUGAGUUACUCAAUGAGUCUACUCGCUUGCCUUGUGGUGGCUGCACUCUACCAGUAUCUCGAGAAUCGAAGGAUUCGCCUGAGAUUCGCCGGCGAGAGGAGGCUGGCACCUGUGGCGGCGGCUAUUCAGACACCACUUAUGGGGUGGAAGAUUUCAAGGGAUAAGGCGAAGUUGGGUGGGAAGUUGAUUGGAUCGGUUCUUUUUGGUGUGAAUUCUGGGAUUGGGUACUUAUUAAUGCUUGCUAUUAUGUCCUUCAAUGGUGGGGUUUUUGUGGCCAUUGUUUUGGGUCUCUCAAUUGGGUACUUGUUAUUUAGGAGCGAGGUUUUUGAAGAUGAUGUUGGUGGUAUUGGUGAUAGGAGUUGUGCUUGUGCUUAAUUUAUAAUAAUAUAGUCAAACGUAUCAAAUUAUCGAAGGUUUUUCAAAUAUCAACUUCCUAUAGAGAUAAGCAUGCGAGUUUCCAAUUUUUUUUAACGAGUAAAUGUCCUUUUCGGACCUUAAGCAUUUGCUCGAUAAACUUCUCACUCCCUAAGAAAUCUAAAAACCUAAAUCGGUCCCUAUUUAUUUUGAUAUAUGUACGUUGCAGUUACUAUCUACUUUGAGUAAAUGCCCUUUUCGGUCCAUAACCAGGAUUAAAACGUAUAUAUAUCAAAGUAAAUAGGGACCGAUUUGGGUUUUUAGAUUUUUUAAGGGUGAAAAGUCUAUCAGAUAAAUGGUUAGAGACUGGAAAGGACAUUUACUUUUUUUUAUUCGUUGAGUUUAAUCAAUCACUGUGAUUUGUGAGAUAAGAUACUUUUCUUUUCCUUUUUUGUAUUUUUUGUUGUGCUGAUGUUGAGUUAAUAAAUAAACUGUAUUGUUU